AUGGCAGAGAUACUGGGCCUAGUUUCCAGUGGACUCAGUGUAGCUUCGAUCGCAAUCCAAAUCAGCGACAGUGUACUCAAGCUGAAAGAGUUCUGGUCCUCUGUCAAGGAUGCUCCAGAAGACAUCAAGUAUCUCGUCGAUGAGAUUGACACGCUCGGCUUGAUUCUUACCGACAUCGGAAAUAAUGAAAGGCGACGUGAUUCAUCACUGGUCGGGUUUGCAUCAGCGAGGAAGUGUCUCGCGUUAUGCCAGAAGGGUUCCCGUAUCUUGGAAGAAGUUGCCAAUGAUCUCGAAGACAAGAUUGGGAACAAGAGAAGAGUAGGCGCGUUUAGGGCUGCGUUGAAAAUAGGGAUGGUCGAGAAGUUGAGGGAUAGGUUGAAGAAUGCGCAAUUCAUGUUGAUGCUUUCGAAUCAAACUUAUUACCAGUAA